CUCCAACCAAGUCAAUUCCACAUCCCUGAACUCUCCCACGAGCCGGGGGCCCAUGGCCACCCCAUCCCUCCACCCAUCCAUUGGGCCAGGCAUCGGCUCCUCGCUGGGCUCCCCGGGCCAGCUCCACUCGCCCAUCAGCACCCUGAGCUCGCCCAUCAACGGCAUGGGACCUCCGUUCUCCGUCAUCAGCUCCCCCAUGGGCCCUCACUCGAUGUCCGUCCCCUCCACCCCCAGCCUGGGAUUCGGCACCAGCAGCCCACAGCUCAACUCACCCAUGAACCCCGUCAGCAGCUCAGAAGACAUUAAGCCACCCCUGGGGCUCAAUGGAGUCCUCAAAGUGCCAGCACAUCCCUCAGGAACGAUGGCCUCCUUCACCAAGCACAUAUGUGCCAUCUGCGGGGACAGAUCUUCAGGUAAACAUUACGGGGUUUACAGCUGCGAGGGCUGCAAAGGCUUCUUCAAGCGCACGGUGCGGAAGGACCUCACCUAUACCUGCCGCGACAACAAGGACUGCUUGAUCGACAAGCGCCAGCGCAACCGCUGCCAGUACUGCCGCUACCAGAAGUGUCUUGCGAUGGGGAUGAAGCGAGAAGCCGUCCAGGAGGAGAGGCAGCGGGGGAAGGACCGCAACGAGAACGAGGUGGAGUCAACAAGUAGUGCUAACGAGGACAUGCCUGUGGAAAAGAUCUUGGAAGCUGAACUUGCAGUGGAGCCAAAGACAGAGACGUACAUUGAAGCAAAUAUGGGCUUGACGCCGAGCUCGCCCAAUGACCCAGUGACGAACAUAUGCCAGGCAGCAGACAAACAACUCUUCACCUUGGUGGAGUGGGCCAAGAGGAUCCCCCACUUCUCCGAGCUGCCCCUGGACGACCAGGUCAUCUUGCUCAGAGCAGGGUGGAAUGAGCUCCUAAUCGCCUCCUUCUCCCACCGCUCCAUAGCCGUGAAAGACGGGAUCCUCUUAGCCACGGGGCUCCACGUGCACCGGAACAGCGCGCACAGUGCUGGCGUCGGGGCCAUCUUCGACAGAGUACUGACAGAACUCGUGUCAAAAAUGCGAGACAUGCAGAUGGACAAGACAGAGCUAGGCUGCCUGCGAGCCAUUGUCCUCUUCAACCCCGACUCGAAAGGUCUCUCCAACCCGGCUGAAGUGGAGGCGUUGCGGGAGAAGGUGUACGCGUCGCUAGAGGCAUACUGCAAACACAAAUACCCCGACCAGCCCGGGAGGUUUGCAAAGCUCCUGCUCCGUCUCCCAGCCCUCCGAUCCAUCGGCCUGAAAUGCCUGGAGCACCUCUUCUUCUUCAAGCUAAUAGGUGACACGCCGAUUGAUACCUUCUUGAUGGAAAUGCUGGAGGCGCCCCAUCAAAUGACUUAGAGAACUGCUGCUGGGUCAGUCCCUCGCCCGGCCGGGGUCUUGCAGGGCCCCUUCCUCUGCUUUCCUCCGCCGCCGCCCCAGCCCGACCCUCCCU